AUGUCAUCACUCAGGCAAGCCCGCAUACCAUUGUUCUACCGCGUCUUCUUCACGUGGAUCGACCCCGCCAUCAGCAUCCCCUCGAUAUGGGCUCACUUCGCGGCCCCGGACUUCAUCCUGGACACCUACAUCCCCAAGUCCAUGUCGGUGCGCAACCCGGACCACGACAUGCUCUUCUUCCACCUCGCGGGUAGCUUCACGACCAUUGCCGUCAUGAGCGCGGUCCUGCUGCGCUACACGAGUGACCUGGGCGUGUGGAAGAUCGUCCAAUUUGGCAUCAUCCUGUAUGACUUUGAGAUCUGUUACUCGACAUGGCAUUUCAUGGGGAAGCAGGGCCGCCUGGACCCGACCUUGUGGAGGUCUGGGGACUGGGGCAACUUGACAUUCAUGGCUGUCAUCCUCGCUGUGAGGCUGGCCUUCCUCACGGGGGUUGGGCUGAAGAGCACGAGCAUAGUUGCGAAAGGGAAGAAGAGGGCCUGA